AUGACAAAUGCAGGAGGUCAUGGAACUAUUCAUACAGCAGUUUGGACAAAUGAGUUUGGAACCACAAAUGUUGUGCUCAAGAGGCUUAAUAACUCUAAAGAGAUUUCCGCUGAGUUUUUCCAUGAGCUAGCAGCAUAUAUGAAGUGUAGCUCGAUUACGGCUGUACGAAACUAUGUCAUUAAAGCUUAUGGGAUAACUAAAGAUUCGACUACCGAUGAGUUCAUGAUGGUCACGCAACAUGCAGAAUUGGGUGAUUUACGAACUUUUUGUACCAAUUAUAGCGACGCUCAAGAUAAUACUUGGUGGAGCGAAACAAUUAUUGAGAUAAUGUUCGGUAUCAUUAAAGGUCUUGCUACUAUUCAUAAAUCUGGAUUAGUUCACGGAGAUUUACAUUCUGGAAAUAUAUUGAUACAUGUUAACGAGGAUUUGUUAGAGAAAUUUAAAGAUGAGAAAAAGAAAAUGACCCAUCCUAAAGCUAUUUAUACCAGUAGAUACCUUCGUUAUCAAAAAAUUGGUGAAUACCUUGAUUUAUGGGAACUUCAAGAAGAUACACGUGAAAAUAAAGAUCUUCUUGGACCACAACCAUGGGUUAAAAAAGAUUUAAAAGACUUCGGUAUGAUAGCUCUUCCACCAGUAACUGAAUCUCAAAAUGCUUAG